AUGCCCCCUCCAUGGAGAAUCCCCAUCCUGUUCUCUUUGGAUUCUCCCUCUGCUAGGCUUGCACUGUGCGGCCAUCUUGAGGUUGCCCUUACAGAUUGUCAGUAUUACGAACGCACGGAGCCCUAUAAGUCAAAGGUUGCCGCAACGCUGGACGAGGAAUGGCCGACACUAAACCUGCACGAAGACUAUCGUUUGGCAACACGGAACAAGAUCGCAGAGAGACUGCUGCGUGCGGAGCCGUCGGACGUUCAGGAGCUCAUCAACAAGGAGACGCAAAAGCAGUACGAUGACACUCUGAAGGCAUACAGCAAGGGGGUCUGGACUGAAGAUGUUACGGAUCCCGACGAACGUGAAAUGGCUAUCGAAAGUAUAACGCCGACUAUUCAGCCCCUACUUGACGGAAUUCGUGCAAUUACUGGCCUUUACAUCGGCUUCUUUGCUGUCGGCAUGCCUAAAGACAAGGAGGUCAGCCCAGAAAAGCUUCGGGCGGUCUACCUUGGUGCCGGAAAAUCGAAGGACGAGAAGUCGUUCCCCUCCCUCGAUCCCAAGGGAUUCAAGCAGGCUAUGAAACUCUUUGUUCGAUUUGCGCUAACCGCUUCCGGUAAUGGAGCAGAAGCGGGCUCCUCCAAUGAGCAGGAUCUUGCCGACUUACUGCCUACUUCGAAUGUUUGGACGUCGCCAACGCCAACGCCUACCACCUCUCCAACCAAAGUCACCGCUGCCACUGGGCCCGCCAAAACUCCAUCACGCCACCCUAGUGGGCCUCAAAUCACUCAACCUAGGCCCAAAGCCAAUGCAGUGGCCCCCACACGUGCUGGCCGGGCUUCAUUAUCUGACGAGGCCCUCCUGCAGAAAGCAAUCGACCUUGCGGAGUGUCGACUUGCUGAUGCUGGAGUUGACGUUGGAGAAGAUGGUGUUGGACCCGAGCUACUGGAGGAUGUAGCCAAACUUGCGCCGUCGGCACAGGAGAAACGAAUCAAGGAACUUGCCAAGCUUUCCAACUACGAGCUCCAGCGCUGCAGCAACAUUGCCCGCAAUGAGCGGCUUCUUCAAUCACUAGGACUCAAGGACCACGGCCUCUUUGACAAACAAAAGAAGCGGCCUCGAGAGCCAUCCACACCUCCUGCGGACGACGACGAUUAUGCGCCAGACUCAGGCGUGCCCAACUCAGGCCAUGAAUCAAAAAGAUUGAGGCCGGCCGCUCCCCCUCGUCGAUCGAAUAGAGGAGGCAAGUCAGCUGCAGCUCCUGAUAAGGACCAUUCCCUUCCCAAUCCCACUACUCCCCCUCGUCGAUCGAAUAGAGGAGGCAAGUCAGCUACAGCUCCUGACGAGGACCACCCCAAUCCUACUUCUACUCCCACUCCCCGUCGAUCGAAUAGAGGAGGCAAGGCGGCAUCAGCUCCUGACGAGGACCAUCCCAAUCCCACUACUACUCCCACUCCUCGUCGAUCAAGCAGAGGCAAGGCAGCAUCAGCUCCUGACAAGGACCAACCCCAUCCCACUACUCCCACUCCCAGCCUGUCUCGUCCAAACUCUCCUCCAAACGACCCGCAGCCUGACGAUGACCCCAACGACGACUCCACAUCUGAGGCAGGUGGCAAUGAUCCAGCGCCUGCAUUGUCUCAAUCCGAUGACAUUCGACCGGCAUGGUUCACGAAAGCCUACAAUGCAUUUACGGAUGCCGAAAAGAAGAACCGGCACCACAACGAGUACUACGGGCCUAGAUGGACAUCCCUUCUACAGGCUUGGGAAACCGUAGAGGCGCUAAAUAACUUUCAGGCAGGGGACGUUAAACUUCCAGAUUCAUCCACACGGCCAGCAGAGGUAGCCAAUUGGAUCAAGUCGGCACGCUACUACCACAGAACCCCGGCCAGCCUUACCGAUGUUGAUGUGUUCGCCAAGCAGUGGUGGAAGUGGUGGGCUGAGCUCAAUCCAGAUUGGUGUAUAAAGGCUCCCGACAGAACGUUGCAGAAGGCUGGCUCAGGGGAUUGGGAGUCCAUGUGUGCUACUGGGCACAAGGGUAUGAUCAACGUCAUCGUUUGCUUGUGGUGGUGGAGGGGAUUGACUCCUGAGACAUCCCCUGCAUUGAAGAGCUGGAACAAGGCCGUUGCGGACGUUACUUGGGCGUUGCACCUGGAGCAAAUGCUGUAA